UAUAGAACAAGCCAGGAGUGAUAAAGACUUGUCUCUAUCUACAGAUAAUGAAAUAGUUUCCAGUUUACCACUGCAGAUGUCCCUCUAUUUCAACGUUUAUUUUUUCCCAUUUUGGUGGCUCAGCACAGUUGUCAUGCUCCAUCUGAAGUAUCCAGCCUUGUCAGAUUACUACAAGUUCAUCCUGGUCACAAUCAUGAUCCUAGCCUCUCUAAUAGAGGUCAUUCGACUCUACCUGGGAUACAUGGGCAAUCUGCAGGAGAAGGUCCCUGAGCUGGCUGGGUUUUGGCUCCUGAGUCUCCUCCUGCAGUUGCCUAUAAUUCUCUUCUUGCUAUUUAAUGAAGGUCUGAAAAUUCAGCCACUGGAGCGAGCAGUCCAUAUCAUCUUUGCCCUUUUCCUCACCUUCCAAAUCAUUGCAGCCUUUGUCACGCUGAGAAGAAUGGUGAACAAACUGGCAACUCAUUUCCGCCUUAAUGAAUUUGACCAGCUGGAGGAACACCCUGUGCCCGAUUUGUACACCCUGGGUAAAGAAGAGAGCGCAGUUUCCAUGGCUGGUAGGGGCCCAUGCUGA